UAUAUAUAUAUAUAUGUACAUGCUCAUUAUUAAAUGGCAUAUUAUAGUAAAUAUAAUUUAUUUAUUAAUAUUACACUUUGAAUUGUCAUGGAAACAAACUACGUUCUCUACAGGGAUUCUGUUUGCCAAUGGAGACUCAUGGAAAGAGAUGAGGCGCUUUGCCCUGACAAACCUAAGAGACUUUGGGAUGGGCAAGAAAGGGAGUGAGGAGAAAAUCUUAGAGGAAAUUCACUACCUGAUUGAAGUAUUGGAAAAACAUGAGGGUAAGGCAUUUGACACAGCACAGCCUGUGCUUUAUGCCGUCUCCAACAUAAUCUCGGCCAUUGUCUAUGGCAGCAGGUUUGAAUACACUGACCCCCUAUUCACAGGCAUGGCGGACAGGGCCAAUGAGAGUAUACGCCUAACAGGUUCUGCAUCAAUUCAGAUGUACAACAUGUUUCCCUGGUUGGGUCCGUGGAUAAACAACCUGACACGUCUGAAAAAGAAUAUUGCUGAUAUGAAGAUGGAGGUGACAAAGCUGGUGAGGGUCCUGAAGGAGACUCUGAACCCUCAGAUGUGUAGAGGCUUUGUGGACUCGUUCCUUGUCCGAAAGCAGACCCUGGAGGAAUCUGGCAAUAUGGAUUCUUUCUACCAUGACGACAACCUGGUAUUUAGUGUUGGUAACCUGUUUGGUGCUGGUACCGACACCACCGGGACAACCCUGCGCUGGGGUCUGCUGCUAAUGGCCAAGUACCCCCAUAUACAAGACCAGGUCCAGGAAGAGAUCAGCAGGGUUUUAGGAAGUCGUCAGCCCUUAGCAGAGGACAGGAUGAACCUGCCCUACACUGAUGCAGUGAUCCAUGAGACCCAGAGACUGGCCAACAUUGUACCCAUGUCCAUCCCUCACACCACCAGCCGAGAUGUCACCUUACAGGGAUAUUUCAUCAAAAAGGGGACGUCUGUGAUUCCUCUACUGACGUCGGUCCUACAGGACGAUAGCGAAUGGGAGAGCCCCCACACCUUUAACCCCUCCCACUUUCUGGAUGAGCACAGAAGAUUUGUCAAGAGGGGCGCCUUCAUGGCCUUCUCUGCAGGUCGUAGGGUGUGUCUGGGGGAGAGUCUGGCCAGGAUGGAGCUCUUCCUCUUCUUCACCUCCCUCCUGCAGCGCUUUCAUUUCUCUCCUCCUCCUGGAGUAACAGAGGAUGAUCUGGACCUCACACCAUCCGUGGGGUUCACCCUCAAUCCUUCACCUCACCAGCUCUGUGCUGUGAGCCGGGUCUGAGAUUUGAACAUGACAAUAUUGGUGGGGCAAACUCAAUCAAAAAAGCUGAUAUGCAUCGAAACCACUUCACAUUAAAUGUACCAUUACAAUAAAUAAUCCCAGAAAUGAGUUUGCGCGACACACACAAACAUUAUUAUAUUUAGUUUAUGAU